GUUUCUGACACAAGAGGAGCCAAGUGCACGCCGGGAGAUCUGUGAUGGGGAGGAACGUCAUCGAGCCGAGAAAUUAUUGCGAUCUGCAGAUACCUGUUUGAUGGCUCGUGUGUGUGCUCGUCUAGAGGAAUAACAAGUUGGAUCGCUGGUGUGCGUGUUCGUCUAGAGGAAUAACAAGUUGGAUCGCUGGUGUGUGUGUUCGUCUAGAGGAAUUACACGUUACCGAGAGAGUGAGAUAGGGUAGGGGAGUUUCCGCCACAUUGGAUGAUUUGUUCUCGAGAUCCGGAGACAGGGAGUCAGAGGACCCACGGAAGCUGUGUGGUAGAUAGCAUUACCGACCGCCGAGGGAUGAAAUGACCCACGGAAGCUGUGUGGUAGAUAGCAUUACCGACCGCCGAGGGAUGAAAUGACCCACGGAAGCUGUGUGGUAGAUAGCAUUACCGACCGCCGAGGGAUGAAAUGCGAGCGCAUUCUACAUUAGCACGAGAUUUAUCAAGCAAGUUUUAAAUAUUAGGCCUCAUUUUUAUACAUCGCUUUAAAAGAAAGAGUGUUAAAUAUUAUUUACAAGCUGGUAAGGAAAACGUGUUAUUUAGUUGAUUCGCGUUAUUUUACCCAAAUGUCAAAUACACUUUUUGUUCCCCUUACCACCAUAAAAAUGUGGAGAUCUAAUAAUAUUUUCACACCACGAUGCAAAUAUUUUAAAAUGAUUUGAAAACGAUUUUUACUGACUUAAAGACUAUCUCCAUGUUGUAAAUAAGUUCGUUUCUUUUUACCAAACUUUCAUACUUUUUGAUUGUUUUUAACAACAUGUUAAUCAUUUUUUCUUCGUCUAAUACAACUCAGAGAAAAACACAGCCCGCGUCCUUAGAAACGGUCUCAUUAAGCAGAGGCGAAUACAUUGGAUCGAAUCCCCUACAAAGUGAAUACAUUAUUCGACACCAUAUAAAGGACGGUACAAUUCAAUGGAAAUUUUGAAUAUUUCAAAGACGCUCCAAAGACAACGUAACAAUGUUGCAACACUAUGACGUACACCUUUGACCACAACACAAGUGAGCCUCGGGUCAAACUCCCGCAUUGCAACUUGGAUUAACACCCCCCCCCUCACCCUUCGCGGACUGCCGGCUAAUUGUGUCCCACCGUGUAACCCACUUGACAGUAAGUGGUGGGUCUUGAUCACUUGACCACAGUGAGUUAGCCCGAGACGGCCGUGAGAUGUGGUCAGUGUGCUUGUGUGGUGUGGCUGCCGGGAGCUCCCACUAACAGCUGACUUGAAACGGACAGCGUCAACCCCUGGAAUUCAUUACACGUGAGAUCGAAGAUGGCGCGAAUAGUCGCUCUGUGGAUUGUUCUGCUGAGCGUGACCACGGCCAGGGUCACGUGGGGCUUGGUCAGCGAGGCCAAGGAGGACAACUGCAUCCUGAGUUUUGUGGUGCCGAGAGACAAGAUGAAGUCAUCGUGUGAACUGGACGAGAAGGUGAGUUCGUGGACCUGGGCCUCAUUAGAACAGUGGGAUUGGUAUGGUGGAUGGGUGAGUUAAUAUAGCAACAUGUGAGUUCAUGGACCUGGGCCUCAUUAGAACAGUGGGAUUGGUAUGGAGGAGGGGGAGUAACACAUAGCAACUGGUGAGUUCUAAUGAGGUUGAACAUUGAAUUGUAGACAGUGGAGGGAGAGUUCUAUAUAGUGACAGGGGAGCUACCAAUGGCGAAUGUUGAAUUCUAGAUGGUAACAAUGAGUUUCAUAUUACAAAGGUCAGUCUAGAUGGUAACAAUGAGUUUCAUAUUACAAAGGUCAGUCUAGAUGGUAACAAUGAGUUUCAUAUUACAAAGGUCAGUCUAGAUGGUAACAAUGAGUUUCAUAGUACAAAGGUCAGUCUAGAUGGUAACAAUGAGUUUCAUAGUACAAAAGGUCAGUCUAGAUGGUAACAAUGAGUUUCAUAGUACAAAGGUCAGUCUAGAUGGUAACAAUGAGUUUCAUAGUACAAAAGGUCAGUCUAGAUGGUAACAAUGAGUUUCAUAUUACAAAGGUCAGUCUAGAUGGUAACAAUGAGUUUCAUAUUACAAAGGUCAGUCUAGAUGGUAACAAUGAGUUUCAUAUUACAAAGGUCAGUCUAGAUGGUAACAAUGAGUUUCAUAUUACAAAGGUCAGUCUAGAUGGUAACAAUGAGUUUCAUAUUACAAAGGUCAGUCUAGAUGGUAACAAUGAGUUUCAUAGUACGAAAGGUCAGUCUAGAUGGUAACAAUGAGUUUCAUAUUACAAAGGUCAGUCUAGAUGGUAACAAUGAGUUUCAUAGUACAAAAGGUCAGUCUAGAUGGUAACAAUGAGUUUCAUAGUACAAAAGGUCAGUCUAGAUGGUAACAAUGAGUUUCAUAGUACAAAGGUCAGUCUAGAUGGUAACAAUGAGUUUCAUAGUACAAAGGUCAGUCUAGAUGGUAACAAUGAGUUUCAUAGUACAAAGGUCAGUCUAGAUGGUAACAAUGAGUUUCAUAGUACAAAGGUCAGUCUAGAUGGUAACAUUGAGUUUCAUAGUACAAAGGUCAGUCUAGAUGGUAACAAUGAGUUUCAUAGUACAAAGGUCAGUCUAGAUGGUAACAAUGAGUUUCAUAGUACAAAGGUCAGUCUAGAUGGUAACAAUGAGUUUCAUAGUACAAAAGGUCAGUGGAAUCCAGAAGUAAAAAUCUUAAUUCAUGAGAUGGAAGGCUUGGAAUCAGGAUUAUCACAAUGAAUGGCCUUAUGUAUGUUCUUAUGUUUGGUAUUAUGUAUAGUCUUCUGUAUGUCUUAUGUAUGGUGUUAUGUUUGUUCUACUGUCUUUUGUAUGGUCUUAUGUAUGGUCUUAUCUAUGGUCUUGUGUAUGGUAUUAUGUUUGGCCGUAUGUAUGGUCUUAUAAAUGGAAUAAAUGGAUGAGUUUCGAGACUAAAUGGAUGGAUGACGCAUCUUUUUAUCUUAACAAUAUUUCUUAUAAUAAAAUGUAAAUCAAUUUCCUAUCAUUUCUAUCUAUUAGCUAUUCUUAUUUUCAUAGGUCAUGCGCAGGCUGAACUCCAUGGAGAUCAAGGUUAACCUCUACAAACAGGAAGUCGCCGAUUUACAACUCCUGCUGGAAAAAGAAAGACAACUCAAUGCAGAAAAGCUGGACAGGCUGGAGCAGGAGUUCCAUUCCCGAAGUUCUGAGGAUGAAAUAAACAUGUUGGUGAACAACCGACUGGACAACCUCGAGAAAUCCCUGGACCAGAUCCAGCCAGAUUUGACAAGCAUCGCCAAGUUGAGGCAUGUCAACGGGGCCAGUGAUAAAUCUGGCCUUCCGUUCAACACCAUAGACACCAACGCCGACGCCACUCCGGCUUUCAUUAAAUCGCUGGUGCAGUCAGAGAUGAAGACCGCCGUCGAGAAUUUAACUAAAAAGUUGGAAUCCUACGUUCAGGAGCAGGUAGUGCUUUACAACCAGCUGUUCCGCAUGUAUCCCAAGAGAACCGACAAUCAAAACAGCCAGACAACGCAACCGAGUGUCAACUUGAAAGACAAACCCAAGACUAUUGCCCCUGAGAGGACGCUCCCGAUGCUGAAUGAUAAAGGCAUGCGGGCUGAUUUCGAGAAAAUCUUAUCGAAAGUGGACGAUACGGGCGACCAGAUAGCAAAGCAUGUUGGCAUUUAUAUAAAAAAUAUGACCGUGCCCCAUGCCCAUAGCCCCGCCACAGAGAGCCCCAUUGACGAGGGGCCCGCCACAGAGAGCCCCAAUGGCGAGAGCCCCGCCAAAGAAAUCCCCGUUGCCGGGAGCCCCGUCCCGGAGAGCACCAUAGAGCCCAACACAACGGCAAACUUUACGGGCAUCUCUCUGACUAACGAGCCCGAGAUCGUUCUCAAAGACGACCUGUCUGAAGCCAACGACUCGUUCAGUGGCGCCAAUAACACGGUGCUCAACGACACCAAGGAGACGGAGGUCCACGCGCCGGUCAACAAAGACAUCACGGCAGCUCGAAUAGGAACCCAGCAGAGUGACGCCGACAAAUCAAAUACCACGGCGACGGACGCGGCGCACACAGAGCACCCUGAGCCCACAGAGCACGUCAGCAAAUUUCGAAACGACAGCGAGGAGGAGAAAAACUGGACGGAAAACAUGAUUCGGGAUCAAAUCGACAAACAGAAGGAGAUGGAAGAAAAACUUCGCGGUGAGAUCACGGCCAUGUUGUACUCACCCCUUGCGGAGGUUUUGAGCAUCGUCGAGAAGAAAGCCACAGCUCUGGAAGAGAAACUCAAAGUUCAAGACGACAAAACCCAGCAGGCCACCAAGGACAUAAACUCAAGAGUUAGAGAGCUCGACCAAAACCUCAAGGCCGCGACCUUGCAGAUGGAAUCGCUGUCCGAGGGUUUCAAAGACGUGUUUGCUAAACUGGACAAGAUCAAACCCUUGGAGAUUCUCAUCAACGAAAUCAAGAAAAACGUCACUUCCACCUCGCUGACCCGGUCGACUUUAGAGUUGGACGAGCAGAACAAGAAGCUCAACAAGAUGCAGCGCCUGAUGGAGAUCUACCAGCACACCUUUGAUCACUUCAAGAACGAGACCAAGGUGGAGUACCGCGAGAUCAGACAAAUCUUUGAGAAAGAGUUCAAUAACCUGCGAACCAGCUCCAAGACGCUCCAGGAAAACCUGACCACGGUGGUCAGCUCGGCCGUCGGGAAGCUGAACGACACACUCCGGAGCAAGAUCAAAGACAUCAACCAGCAGAUUGACGAAAAAAUGACGUUGGUCCAGGUCGACCUGGACCGCUUGGAGCGGAAACUCAACAACAAGAACAGGACAAAAAUCGAACGCGAGGAGGAAAUGCAGCGUACCGUGCACGAACUGGCCAACAAGCAACGGGACUUCAAGAAGAUGGUGGACCACCUGGAACAGCAGACGGCGGCUCUGGGCGGGGACAUCAACGCCACGGCAAAGCAGGUGCUGGACCUGAAAACGGAAGUGAAGCUCAACGUUCUGGAGGAGUGGCUGAAACUGAGCUUUGAAUACGACGCGUCCAGGACCGACUGCCACGGCGACCAGUACGUGAAAAAGCUCAACUACAAAAACGUCCGCUUGGUGGGCGUCGUGCUGUGCUCGCCCACACGUUACAAAAUCUUAUUGUCCAACUCGCUCAACUCCAAGUUCUUGAACGUCGGUGACAACAUCGGGCUUGGGGAGGACCACUGCGAGUUUGUCGGCGCCAGAAACCAUUCUACGAUCAAGCUCAGCCCCGCGAGAGGAGCUUACUUCUCACAAGGUCAGUAGAACGAGUUUACCUGUUGGGUUGAAGUGACGAUGGGACUGGUAGCACGAUUGACUGGUAGCACACACACUAUGACAUAGUUGACCAUUGACAAAGGUGUUUGAACAUUGUAGUGGCAGGGGGCAAAGGUUCUGUAAAAUUAACAAUAUGAUAUAUCAUCCGGAGAGUGGAAUUCAUUUGGGAUGAGGAGCUAAUAUGGGAUGAGGUCAAAGAUGGGAUGAGGUCUCAACUGGUAAGAUGCCUUACGGAACGAUUUCCACACUUUAUCAACGAUGCAUUGCUCAGACUAGAGUCAGCAAAUACUCGUGCUAAUAAUGGCCAACUUAACUUGUAAACGAGACCAGGCAGCUGACGGCCACUUUAGUACGUAGUCAAAUUGAUCCCCCUAAUAUCAUUACGUAGGAAAAGUGAUCCUACUCAAAUUAUUACACAGGCCAAGUGAUCCUGCUGAUAUUAUUACUUAGGCAAAGUGAUCCUACUCAGUUCAUUACGUAGGCAGAGUGAUCCUACUCAGUUCAUUACGUAGGCAGAGUGAUCCUACUCAGUUCAUUACGUAGGCAAAGUGAUCCUACUCAGUUCAUUACGUAUGCAAAGUGAUCCUACUCAGUUCAUUACGUAUGCAAAGUGAUCCUACUCAGUUCAUUACGUAUGCAAAGUGAUCCUAAUCAGUUCAUAAGGUAUGAAAAGUGAUCCUACUCAGUUCAUUACGUAUGCAAAGUGAUCCUACUCAGUUCAUUACGUAGGCAGAGUGAUCCUACUCAGUUCAUUACGUUUGCAAAGUGAUCCUACUCAGUUCAUUACGCAGGCAGAGUGAUCCUACUCAGUUCAUUACGUAGGGAAAGUGAUCCUACUCAGUUCAUUACAUAUGAAAAGUGAUCCUACUCAGUUCAUUACGUAGGAAAAGUGAUCCUACUCAGUUCAUUACUUAGGCAAAGUGAUUCUACUCAGUUCAUUACGUGGGAAUGUGAUCCUACUCAGUUUAUUACGUGGGAAAGUGAUCCUAAUCAGUUCAUUACGUAGACAAAGUGAUCCUAAUCAGUUCAUUACGUAGGAAAAGUGAUUCUACUCAGUUAAUUACUUAGGCAAAAUGAUCCUGAUCAUAUCAUUACGUAGGCAAAGUGAUCCUUAUCAGUUCAUUACGUAGGCAAAGUGAUCCUACUCAAUUCAUUACGAAGGAAAGUGAUCCUAAUCAGUUCAUUACGUAGACAAAGUGAUCCUAAUCAGUUCAUUACGUAGGAAAAGUGAUUCUACUCAGUUAAUUACUUAGGCAAAAUGAUCCUGAUCAUAUCAUUACGUAGGCAAAGUGAUCCUUAUCAGUUCAUUACGUAGGCAAAGUGAUCCUACUCAAUUCAUUACGAAGGAAAGUGAUCCUAAUCAGUUCAUUACGUAGACAAAGUGAUCCUGAUCAUAUCAUUACGUAGGCAAAGUGAUCCUACUCAGUUCAUUACUUAGGCAAAGUGAUCCUGAUCAUAUCAUUACGUAGGCAAAGUGAUCCUAAUCAGUUCAUUACGUAGACAAAGUGAUCCUGAUCAUAUCAUUACGUAGGCAAAGUGAUCCUACUCAGUUCAUUACUUAGGCAAAGUGAUCCUGAUCAUAUCAUUACGUAGGCAAAGUGAUCCUAAUCAGUUCAUUACGUAGGCACAAUGAUCCUAAUCUGUUCAUUACGUAGACAAAGUGAUCCUGAUCAUAUCAUUGCGUAGGCAAAGUGAUUAUACUCAGUUACUUACUUAGGCAAAGUGAUCCUGAUCAUAUCAUUACGUAUGCAAAGUCAACCUAAUCAGUUCAUUACGUAGGAAAAGUGAUCCUAAUCUGUUCAUUACGUAGACAAAGUGAUCCUAAUCAGUUCAUUACGUAGGCAAAAUGAUCCUAAUCUGUUGAUUACUUAGGCAAAGUGAUCCUGAUCAUAUCAUUACGUAGGCAAAGUGAUCCUACUCAGUUCAUUACUUAGGAAAAGUGAUCCUGAUCAUAUCAUUACGCAGGCAAAGUGAUCCUAAUCAGUUCAUUACGUAGGCAAAGUGAUCCUAAUCUGUUCAUUACGUAGACAAACAAAGUGAUCCUGAUCAUAUUAUUACGUAGGCAAAGUGAUCCUACUCAGUUCAUUACUUAGGCAAAGUGAUCCUGAUCAUAUCAUUACGUAGGCAAAGUGAUCCUAAUCAGUUCAUUACGUAGGCAAAGUGAUCCUACUCAGUUCAUUAGGUAGGCAAAGUGAUCCUACUCAGUUCAUUACGUUGGCAAAGUGAUCCUUAUCAGUUCAUUACUUAGGCAAAGUGAUCCUGAUCAUAUCAUUACGUAGGCAAAGUGAUCCUAAUCAGUUCAUUACGUAGGCAAAGUGAUCCUACUCAGUUCAUUAGGUAGGCAAAGUGAUCCUACUCAGUUCAUUACGUAUGCAAAGUGAUCCUACUCAUAAUAUUACAUGGUCAAAGUCAUCCUACUCAAUCAUUACGUAUAAAAAGGGGAUCCUACUCAUAUUAUUACAUGAAAAAAAGUGAUCCUACUCAUAUCAGUAUGUAGGCCAGAGUGAUCCUACUCAAUUAUUACGUAAGCAAAGUGAUCCUACUCAUAUCAUUAUUUAGGCCAAAGUGAUCCUACUCAUAUCAUUACUUAGGAAAAGUGAACCUACUCAUAUCAUUACUUAGGAAAAGUGAACCUACUCAUAUCAUUACUUAGGAAAAGUGAACCUACUCAUAUCAUUACGUAAGCAAAGUGACCCAUCUCAAUCAUUACAUGGCGAAAGUGAUCAAAUGUCAUGACGUGGGCCGUCUGAUCAUACUCAUGCCAUUAAUACUUCGAUUACGAGUCCCACUCCACGGGAUUGCCGACAUCAACUGACAUGAUUUACGGCAUGUCGUUGCUGGAAAGUUCUGUGUUCAACAUGUGCUACAACGCUCACAGUUCAGCUUUUUUUCUUUUUUUUUUUCUUUUGGUUGUUUUUUUUUGUUGUUGUUGUCAAACCACUACCAGAACUCUUGAGGCUUUCUUCCAUACGCGCAUGACGAUAACGGCUGUUUCUAUUCUUAGACAAGCCCCCUGCUCCCAAGUGCAUAUUUAAAACACUGAUGAACAAAAGGUGUGAUCAAAAAACAAGAAGUGUUGAGUAGAUUGUUGAGUAGAUUGGUCUCGUGGGCAGGACUUGUGCCAAGGUUUGCUGGUGAACACCAUGGGUGGCCAAGGUUUGCUGGUGAACACCAUGGGUGGCUAAGGUUUGCUGGUGAACACCAUGGGUGGCCAAGGUUUGCUGGUGAACACCAUGGGAGGCCAAGAUUUGCUGGUGAAAACCAUGGGUGGCUAAGGUUUGCUGGUGAACACCAUGGGUGGCCAAGGUUUGCUGGUGAACACCAUGGGUGGCCAAGGUUUGCUGGUGAACACCAUGGGUGGCCAAGGUUUGCUGGUGAACACCAUGGGUGGCCAAGGUUUGCUGGUGAACACCAUGGGUGGCCAAGGUUUGCUGGUGAACACCAUGGGUGGCCAAGGUUUGCUGGUGAACACCAUGGGUGGCCAAGGUUUGCUGGUGAACACCAUGGGUGGCCAAGGUUUGCUGGUGAACACCAUGGGUGGCCAAGGUUUGCUGGUGAACACCAUGGGUGGCCAAGGUUUGCUGGUGAACACCAUGGGUGGCCAAGGUUUGCUGGUGAACACCAUGGGAGGCCAAGGUUUGCUGGUGAACACCAUGGGAGGCCAAGGUUUGCUGGUGAACACCAUGGGUGGCUAAGGUUUGCUGGUGAACACCAUGGGUGGCCAAGGUUUGCUGGUGAACACCAUGGGUGGCCCCGCUUUCUGGCCGGAGUUGAGGAGUUGUUGUCAUGAGGUCGAUCCAGUAGUUCAAGUUCAUAGUACUUAAUUUCUCAUAGAAAAAUAAGUCAGCUUUAAAGCCAAAAAAAUAUUAUUGGAUUCCUAAGUAUCCGAAAAGCUAAAUUGUAAACUUAUAAACUUGAAAUUACAAACCUUGGCAAUUUACCAACACUUAAAAUAGUGAUUCAAUGAGGUUUUCCAUGAAAUGAUUUAAUUGAACUAGUUGGUUCAUUGGGUUUUCCUGGAAAUGAUCUAUUUGAACUAGUUGGUUCAUCGGGUUUUCCGGGAGGUGAUUUAAUUGAAAUAGUUGGUUCAUCAGGUUUUCCAGGAAAUGAUCUAUUUGAGCUAGUUGGUUCAUCGGGUUUUGCCAGGAAAUGAUUUAAUUGAACUAGUUCGUUUAUCAGGUUUUCCAGGAAAUGAUCUGCUUUAAAAUAUAAGUUUUAAAUAGUAACAUUCUUUAGUUGUUGCUUUUUAAAAUGUAAAUGACAUAAAACCAAGUAGUUAAAAAAAAAGAAGCUAAUUAUAGAAUGUUUCAGCUAUAAAGUAAGACUAAUAUUAAAUUCCAAUCAAUAUAAUGGGAGUUAGUUUACACAACUCACGUGUGUGGCAUUAUAAUAUUAUAGGAAUGCUUUUUAAAAUGUAAAUGACAUAAAACCAAGUAGUUAAAAAAAAAGAAGCUAAUUAUAGAAUGUUUCAGCUAUAAAGUAAGACUAAUAUUAAAUUCCAAUCAAUAUAAUGGGAGUUAGUUUACACAACUCACGUGUGUGGCAUUAUAAUAUUAUAGGAAUGCUUUUUUCGGGGAUACACAGAGCAUUUCUCACAAUAAGACACGAUUGCAAAUUAGAAGUAUUGAUGUACACCAUUCGAGAAACAAUGCAAGAGACCAGAAUUGAAAUCUUUACAGACGUGUUUUAAAGACUUGUUCUAAAGACGUGUUUUAAAGACUUGUUCUAAAGACGUGUUUUAAAGACUUGUUCUAAAGACGUGUUUUCAAGACUUGUUCUAAAGACGUGUUUUAAAGACUUGUUCUAAAGACGUGUUUUAAAGACUUGUUCUAAAGACGUGUUUUAAAGACUUGUUCUAAAGACGUGUUUUAAAGACUUGUUCUAAAGACGUGCUUUAAAGACUUGUUCUAAAGACGGGUUUUAAAGACUUGUUCUAAAGACGUGUUUUAAAGACUUGUUCUAAAGACGUGUUCUGAAUCAUUAGCAUUGAUUUCAAUUGCACAUAAAAUUGAUUGACAUUAAUAUUAUCGACAACUCUCCCUCAACUUUUUGUGUCGGGUUCAUAGAUCGGAUCUACUAUGUGACGUUAUUUUUGACUCCCUUACCAGAUCAGGUACUGGAACUAUGCGUUAUAAGAGCAGGUGUACUGGAACUAUGCGUUAUAAGAGCAGGUGUACUGGAACUAUGCGUUAUAAGAGCAGGUGUACUGGAACUAUGCGUUAUAUGAACAGGUGUACUGGAACUAUGCGUUAUAAGUGCAGGUGUACUGGAACUAUGCGUUAUAAGAGCAGAUGUACUGGAACUAUGCGUUAUAAGAGCAGGUACUGGAACUAUGCGUUAUAAGAGCAGGUACGGGAACAAUGCGUUAUAAGAGCAGGUACGGGAACAAUGCGUUAUAAGAGCAGGUACGGGAACAAUGCGUUAUAAGAGCAGGUACUGCAACAAUGCGUUAUAAGAGCAGGUACGGGAACAAUGCGUUAUAAGAGCAGGUACUGCAACAAUGCGUUAUAAGAGCAGGUACGGGAACAAUGCGUUAUAAGAGCAGGUACGGGAACAAUGCGUUAUAAGAGCAGGUACGGGAACAAUGCGUUACAAGAGCAGGUACUGUAACUAUGCGUUAUAAGAGCAGGUAUUGGGACUAUACGUUACAAGAGCAGAUACUGGAACUAUACGUUAUAAGAGUUACAAGAGCAGGUACUGAACUAUACAUUACAAGAGCAGGUACUGGAACUAUACGUUACAAGAGCCGGUAAUGGAACUAUACGUUACAAGAGCCGGUAAUGGAACUAUACUUACAAGAGCAGGUACUGGAACUAUACGUUACAAGAGCAGGUACUGGAACUAUACGUUACAAGAGCAGGUUCUGGAACUAUACGUUACAAGAGCAGGUACUGGAACUAUACGUUACAAGAGGAGGUUCUGGAACUAUACGUUACAAGAGGAGGUUCUGGAACUAUACGUUACAAGAGCAGGUACUGGAACUAUACGUUACAAGAGCAGGUACUGGAACUAUACGUUACAAGAGGAGGUUCUGGAACUAUACGUUACAAGAGCAGGUACUGGAACUAUACGUUACAAGAGCAGGUACUGGAACUAUAUGUUACAAGAGGAGGUUCUGGAAAAAUACGUUACAAGAGCCGGUACUGUAACUAUCACUGUCCGAAGAAGUAUUUGACUCAUAAAAUCUUCCAUCUUUUAAAUGAACAAGUUGAUCUCCAAAUUGUAAGCGCUUGCGCAAGUUCCUUUCAACAAAGGCCUACCUAUUUGAAUCAACACUCCAUCUCAACUAAAUCCUUUUAAGGCGAUACAUUACAAUUGACUAGGAACAAAUUGUUACAAGGCGAUACAUUACAAUUGACUAAGAACAUAGUGUUACAAGGCGAUACAUUACAAUUGACUAAUAACGUAGUGUUACAAGGCGAUACAUUACAAUUUACUUGGAAAUAUUGUUACAAGGCGAUACAUUUCAAUUUACUUAAAAAUCCAAUAUCACAUGACCUAAACAUCCAAUAUCACAGGACCUAAAAUCCAACAUCACAUGACCUAACCAUCCAAUAUCACAUGACCCAAACAUCCAAUAUCACAGGACCUAACCAUCCAAAAUCACAGGACCUAACCAUCCAAAGUCACACGAACUAAACAUCCAAUAUCACAUGGCCUAACCAUCUAAUAUCACACGAAUUAAACAUCCAAUAUCACACGAACUAAACAUUCAAUAUCACAUGACCUAAACAUCCAAUAUCACAUGACCUAAACAUCCAAUAUCACAUGACUCAACCAUCCAAUAUCAUAUGACCUAAACAUCCAAAUCAUACGAACUAAAAUUCCAAUAUCACGCGAACUAAACAUCUAAUAUCACGUGACCUAAUCAUCCAAUUACACAUAACCUAACCAUCCAAUAUCACACGAAUUAAACAUCCAAUAUCACACGAACUAACCAUCCAAUAUCACACGAACUAAACAUCCAAUAUCACACGAACUAAACAUCCAAUAUCACACGAACUAAUCAUCCAAUAUCACACGAACUAAACAUCCAAUAUCACAUGAACUAAACAUUCAAUUUCACAUGACCUAAACAUCCAAUAUCACAUGACCUAACCAUCCAAUAUCACAUGAAUUAACCAUCCUAUAUCAUAUGACCUAAACAUCCAAUAUCACACGAACUAAACAUCCAAUAUCACUGGAACUAACCAUCCAAUAUCACACUACCUAAACAUCCAAUAUCACACGACCUAAACAUCCAUAUCACAUGACCUAACCAUCAAAUAUCACAUGACUUAACCAUCAAAUAUCAUAUGACCUAAACAUCCAAAUCACACGAACUAAAUAUCCAAUAUCAAGUGACCUAAUCAUCCGAUAUCACAUAACCUAACCAUCCAAUAUCACGUGACCUAAAAUCCAAUAUCACAUGACCUAUCCAUCCAAUAUCACAUGACCUAUCCAUCCAAUAUCACGUGACCUAAAAUCCAAUAUCACAUGACCUAACCAUCCAAUAUCACAUGAUCCAAACAUCCAAUAUCACAUGACCUAAACAUCCAAUAUCACACGAACUAAAUAUCCAAUAUCACAACACCUAACCAUCCAAUAUCACAUUACUUAACCAUCCAAUAUCAUAUGACCUAAACAUCCAAAUCACACGAACUAAAAUUCCAAAAUCACUCGAACUAAACAUCCAAUAUCACACGACCUAACAAUCCAAUAUCACACGAACUAAACAUCCAAUAUCACAUGACAUAAACAUCCAUUAUCACACGAACAAAACAUCCAAUAUCACACGAACUAAACAUCCAAUAUCACGCGAACUAAACAUCCAAUAUCACACGAACUAAACAUCCAAUAUCACAGGACCUAAACAUCCAAUAGCACACGAACUAAACAUCCAAUAUCACAUGACCUAAACAUCCAAUAUCACAUGACCUAAACAUCCAAUAUCACACGAACUAAACAUCCAAUAUCACACUAACUAAACAUCCAAUAUCACACGAACUAAACAUCCAAUAUCACAUGACCUAAACAUCCAAUAUCACACGAACUAAACAUCCAAUAUCACACGAACUAAACAUCCAAUAUCACACUAACUAAACAUCCAAUAUCACACGAACUAAACAUCCAAUAUCACACGAACUAAACAUCCAAUAUCACAGGACCUAAACAUCCAAUAUCACACGAACUAAACAUUCAAUAUCACACGAACUAAACAUCCAAUAUCACAUGACCUAAACAUCCAAUAUCACACGAACUAAACAUCCAAUAUCACACGAACUAAGCAUCCAAUAUCACACGAACUAAACAUCCAAUAUCACAUGACCUAAACAUCCAAUAUCACACGAACUAAACAUCCAUUAUCACACGAACUAAACAUCCAAUAUCAAAAGAACUAAACAUCCAAUAUCACACGAACUAAACAUCAAAUAUCACACGAACUAAACAUCCAAUAUCACACGAACUAAACAUCCAAUAUCACAGUACUUAAACAUCCAAUAUCACACGAACUAAACAUCCAAUAUCACACGAACUAAACAUCCAAUAUCACAUGACCUAAACAUCCAAUAUCACACGAACUAAACAUCCAAUAUCACACUAACUAAACAUCCAAUAUCAAAAGAACUAAACAUCCAAUAGCACACGAACUAAACAUCCAAUAUCACACUAACUAAACAUCCAAUAUCACAGGACCUAAACAUCCAAUAUCACACGAACUAAACAUCCAAUAUCACACGAACUAAACAUCCAAUAUCACACGAACUGAACAUCCAAUAUCACACGAACUAAACAUCCAAUAUCACACGAACUAAACAUCCAAUAUCACACAGACUAAACAUCCAAUAUCACACGAACAAAACAUCCAAUAUCACACGAACUAAACAUCCAAUAUCACACUAACUAAACAUCCAAUAUCACACGAACUAAACAUCCAAUAUCACACGAACUAAACAUCCAAUAUCACAGGACCUAAACAUCCAAUAUCACACGAACUAAACAUCCAAUAUCACAUGAACUAAACAUCCAAUAUCACAUGACCUAAACAUCCAAUAUCACACGAACUAAACAUCCAAUAUCACACGAACUAAACAUCCAAUAGCACACGAACUAAACAUCCAAUAGCACACGAACUAAACAUCCAAUAGCACACCAACUAUACAUCAAAUAUCACACGAACUAAACAUUCAAUAUCACACGAACUAAACAUCAUUUUCCUGAGACUUAUCUCUCAAGCAAUCCAUCACCAUGCAGCAAUUAUGAAAACAUUCCCCAAAACAUGUCGUCCAAAAAUCUAUGAUGCGACUCAAGUGUUACUGGCAGGGAAGGUACACAAUAUCGGCUCUGUAAGAAACCUUUCAACGUAUUUGCCAACAAGAAGCAGGUUGCGACGAGCUGAGCUAAUUGACAAAUUAAGUUGAGCGCUCAGAAUAUACGGUAAAUUUUUCUUUGGUUUCGGGAGAGGUAAACAGAUGGGGAGAAAACCAACAGUUCUACAUCACGUGGUCUGAGACAACUGUUAAUAGAUGCACGUCUCAAGACGGGAACUAAUAGAUGUAUGUCUUAGACGGGAACUAACAGAUGUACGUCUCAAGACGGGAACUAAUAGAUGUAUGUCUUAGACGGAACUAACAGAUGUAUGUCUUAGACGGGAACAAAUAGAUGCAUGUCUCAAGAUGGGAACUAUUAGAUGUAUGUCUUAGACGGGAACUAAUAGAUGUAUGUCUUAGACGGGAACUAAUCGAUGCAUGUCUCAAGAUGGGAACUAAUAGAUGUAUGUCUUAGACGGGAACUAAUCGAUGCAUGUCUCAAGAUGGGAACUAAUAGAUGUAUGUCUUAGACGGGAACUAAUAGAUGUAUGUCUUAGACGGGAACUAACAGAUGUAUGUCUCAAGACGGGAACAAAUAGAUGCAUGUCUCAAGACGGGAACUAAUAGAUGUAUAUCUUAGACGGGAACUUAUCGAUGCAUGUCUCAAGAUGGGAACUAACAGAUGCAUGUCUCAAGACGUAAACUAAUAGAUGUAUAUCUUAGACGGGAACUAAUCGAUGCAUGUCUCAAGAUGGGAACUAAUAGAUGUAUGUCUCAAGGUGGGAACUAAUAGAUGUGUGUCUCAAGACGAGAACAAAUAGAUGUAUUUAUCAAGACGGGAAAUAAAAGAGGUAUGUCUCAAGACGGGAACCCUAAAGCCGGAGAUGACAUAUCCGUAGCACGUGCUCAGUAUAAACAAAAUCCCAUUAGCUCCCUUGCAGAAAGGUUCUCGUUAGCAGGGUCGCCGCACUUCAAUGACGUCACUCCAUUCACAGAUCGAGGGCAGCACCAGGUGCCCCACUACUGUUACAUAACUCGGGGCAGCAUGAGGUGCCCCACUACUCUUACAUAACUCGGGACAGUACGAGGCGCCCCACUACUGUUACAUAACUCGGGGCAGCACGAGGCAACCCACCACUAUUACAUAACUCGGGGCAGCAUGAGGUGCCCCACUACUGUUACAUAACUCGGGGCAGCACGAGGUGCCCCACUACUGUUACAUAACUCGGGACAGCACGAGGUGCCCCACUACUGUUACAUAACUCGGGGCAGCAUGAGGUGCCCCACUACUGUUACAUAACUCGGGGCAGCACGAGGUGCCCCACUACUGUUACAUAACUCGGGGUUCAUUGAGUUUGAAAACAAAAACCAGACAAAUAAAUACCCUGACUAUGACACAGUAUCAAGUACAAGACACCACGGUACGAUUGUGGAUUACACUUGAAUACUGACUGAAACCUUUAUAAUUGUGGGAAAGAAACCUUUAUUAUUGUGGGCAAGAAAUCUUUAUAAUUGUGGGCAAGAAACCGUUAUUAUUGUGGGAAAGAAACCUUUAUUAUUGUGGGAAAGAAACCUUUAUUAUUGUGUUCAAGAAAUCUUUAUAAUUGUGGGCAAGAAACCAUUAUUAUUGUGGGAAAGAAACCUUUAUUAUUGUGGGCAAGAAACCUUUAUUAUUGUGGGAAAGAAACCUUUAUUAUUGUGUUCAAGAAAUCUUUAUAAUUGUGGGCAAGAAACCUUUAUUAUUGUGGGAAAGAAACCUUUAUUAUUGUGGGCAAGAAACCUUUAUUAUUGUGGGAAAGAAACCUUUAUUAUUGUGUUCAAGAAAUCUUUAUAAUUGUGGGCAAGAAACCUUUAUUAUUGUGGGAAAGAAACCUUUAUUAUUGUGGGCAAGAAACCUUUAUUAUUGUGGGAAAGAAACCUUUAUUAUUGUGUUCAAGAAAUCUUUAUAAUUGUGGGCAAGAAACCUUUAUUAUUGUGGGAAAGAAACCUUUAUUAUUGUGGGCAAGAAACCUUUAUUAUUGUGGGAAAGAAACCUUUAUUAUUGUGUUCAAGAAAUCUUUAUAAUUGUGGGCAAGAAACCUUUAUUAUUGUGGGAAAGAAACCUUUAUUAUUGUGGGCAAGAAACCUUUAUUAUUGUGGGAAAGAAACCUUUAUUAUUGUGUUCAAGAAAUCUUUAUAAUUGUGGGCAAGAAACCAUUAUUAUUGUGGGAAAGAAACCUUUAUUAUUGUGGGCAAGAAACCUUUAUUAUUGUGUUCAAGAAACCUUUAUUAUUGUGGGCAAGAAACCUUUAUUAUUGUGGGAAAGAAACCUUUAUUAUUGUAUUCAAGAAAUCUUUAUAAUUGUGGGCAAGAAACCAUUAUUAUUGUAGGAAAGAAACCUUUAUUAUUGUGGGCAAGAAACCUUUAUUAUUGUGGGAAAGAAACCUUUAUUAUUGUGGGCAAGAAACCUUUAUUAUUGUGGGAAAGAAACCUUUAUUAUUGUAUUCAAGAAAUCUUUAUAAUUGUGGGCAAGAAACCAUUAUUAUUGUGGGAAAGAAACCUUUAUUAUUGUGGGCAAGAAACCUUUAUUAUUGUGGGAAAGAAACCUUUAUUAUUGUGUUCAAGAAAUCUUUAUAAUUGUGGGCAAGAAACCUUUAUUAUUGUGGGAAAGAAACCUUUAUCAUUGUGGGCAAGAAACCUUUAUUAUUGUGGGAAAGAAACCUUUAUUAUUGUGUUCAAGAAACCUUUAUUAUUGUGUUCAAGAAACCUUUAUUAUUGUGGGAAAGAAACCUUUAUUAUUGUGGGAAAGAAACCUUUAUUAUUGUGUUCAAGAAACCUUUAUUAUUGUGUUCAAGAAACCUUUAUUAUUGUGUUCAAGAGACCUUUAUUAUUGUGGGAAAGAAACCUUUAUUAUUGUGGGAAAGAAAUCUUUAUAAUUGUGGGCAAGAAACCUUUAUUAUUGUGUUCAAGAAAUCUUUAUAAUUGUGGGCAAGAAACCUUUAUUAUUGUGGGAAAGAAAUCUUUAUUAUUGUGGGAAAGAAACCUUUAUUAUUGUGUUCAAGAAAUCUUUAUAAUUGUGGGCAAGAAACCAUUAUUAUUGUGGGAAAGAAACCUUUAUUAUUGUGGGCAAGAAACCUUUAUUAUUGUGGGAAAGAAACCUUUAUUAUUGUGUUCAAGAAAUCUUUAUAAUUGUGGGCAAGAAACCUUUAUUAUUGUGGGCAAGAAACCUUUAUUAUUGUGGGCAAGAAACCUUUAUUAUUGUGGGAAAGAAACCUUUAUUAUUGUGUUCAAGAAAUCUUUAUAAUUGUGGGCAAGAAACCUUUAUUAUUGUGGGAAAGAAACCUUUAUUAUUGUGGGCAAGAAACCUUUAUUAUUGUGGGAAAGAAACCUUUAUUAUUGUGUUCAAGAAAUCUUUAUAAUUGUGGGCAAGAAACCUUUAUUAUUGUGGGAAAGAAACCUUUAUUAUUGUGGGCAAGAAACCUUUAUUAUUGUGGGAAAGAAACCUUUAUUAUUGUGUUCAAGAAACCUUUAUUAUUGUGUUCAAGAAACCUUUAUUAUUGUGGGAAAGAAACCUUUAUUAUUGUGGGCGAGAAAUCUUUAUUAUUGUGGGCGAGAGAGCUUUACUUUCAAAUUAUUGAAACCAUUAACUGGGACGAAAUUUUACUUUUAAAUUGACUUAGGCAAAAAUGUCCAGGUUUAUAAUUCUUAAUUGAAUUAUAAUAUGUUUACAAUGAUUUUAUUAUUAUGAAGAUAAAUCUUUACAAUGUCAUUAAAUCUUUCCAUUAAAAAAAAAAAAUCAAUGUAAAAUCCUAAUGUCAGCAACGGAAGCCAUUUUGAUCUGUUCCUCUCCUCAAAUAAACAACACAUUUUCAUUAUUUUUUCUAGGGUUCGCACGCAGUAACUGGGGUCAAGAGCCGACCCUUGGAUCCCUGAAUGCCAUCAAGCCUUCCCCAGACUGGUACGAAUGUGGGGUGACCAUUCCCUAAAGGACACCGCGUGCUCUACCAGCGCAUCCUCUGUGGACGUUCCACCUGGCAAGACUCCAUGACGGAAGGCUUGCACGUGAUCAUGUGGGUAAAUUUGGGGGGACAAGUACUUCCAUUUGUUUUUGUUUUUAAUUAUAGAGACUCUUUCAAUUCACAACUGAUGCUUUGGUGCUCACCACCAACUGAGGACUUCAGCCUACCCGCACUCCCCCUGUUGAUAAGAGCUACUGUCAUAUGUGGAUAAGUGGAUUGUUGACGUCAUUGCAGACGAUUGGUUUGUUGUUGUUUGACAACUCUUGGGAACCUAGAAUUUUGAAAGAGUUCCGUCCUAAGACAGACUACCGCACCAUUGUUCACCUUCACGCCCCUGCAGUGGUCUCACAUGUUACAAAUCACAAAUUAUAAAAAUGCGAAAGCAUCAAGGGUCGUGAGAAGUAGGACUCGAACCAAGGGCGUGUGUCAGUUGUGGGGUCGGUACACUGACUGUCAUAUAAAUCUACAACACAUAAAUCACUGCCCCGGAAGACACCUCGGUUCAAGCUGGCCAUACAACGCCUGAGCUGCUCUUCGAAAGAUGACGAAUAUGUCAAGGAUUGAUGUGUCAAAAGAAAAGAUGAGUGCUACAAAGGAUGACGUCAUGGCAUGGAAAAACCGGAAGUGGGAAAGCCAUUUCAAUGUGUUUGUGAAAUGACCAACCAAAACAAAACAUAGAAAAAAGAUUUUGCCGGCAUUACCCUAUAAAUAAAAAAAUCAUUAUGGCGAACAAUGUUGAACAAACAAGCCAGCAAUAUUGAAUUCACAAGCCACGUGACUUUGUGUCUUGGGGGAAAAAAAUAAACAUUCAACUGCUUGGACACGUUUAUUUUGAAAAUGUCAUUAAAUGUGGAUGUCAUUAAAUGUGGAUGUCAUUUAAUGUGGAUGCACAAUUUUACAGAGAUCAUGAUGUGUGCUACAAGUUGCGUAUACUAGCAAAUAUGUUGGUUCAUGUGUUCAGUACGGCUCAAAUAAAUUGUGUUGUUUUCAAAAGUAGACAUCAGACAACCCCAGCUACUUCAUAGUUUUUUGGUUGUCAACCCGUAGCAUAGUUACCACACCAACUUAGCUUUCUUUUUAGCAUCUCUAUAGCUAUGAUAACUGGGGACAUGGUGGUUGGGGAUAUCUCUAAAGCUACAACAACUGGGGAAAAUGGUGGUUGGGGAUAUCUCUAUAACUAUGAUUACUGGGGACAUGGUGGGUGGGAUAUCUCUAAAGCUACAACAACUGGGAAAAUGAUGGGUGGGAAUAUCUCUAUAGUUAUGACAACUGGGAAAAUGAUGGGUGGGGAUAUUUCUAUAGGUAUAACAACUGGGAACAUGGUCUGUAGGGAUAUCUCUAUACCUAUAACAACUGUGUUCAUGGUGGGUGGAGACCUAUAACCACUGGAGACACAGUGGGUGGAGACCUAUAACCACUGGAGACACGGUGGGUGGGGAUAUCUCUAUAGCCAUAACUACUAUUUUUAAGUAAGAUAAAAUGCUUGUGUUGAGCUGGGCUGUACAGCUUGUGCAUGUUCUAUUCAUGUAAGAACUUGUACAACUUGACAUAAUAGUGUAAAAAAAUGACUUUUUCUUAACUUAUUUCUGUGCAUUUCUUUGUUUUCAUUAAACAUGCUGGAAAAAAGAUCUGAGAUUUCCAUUGGUUGCCUGAUGGGAGGGUGUGAGCAUGAUCAUAGUUUUAUGUAUAUUUAGGGCCCCAUCUGUCAACAUGUGCUGUUUUUUGGGCCUGUAUUCACUCUCCACUUUUUGAAUAAACAAAAAACCACAUGGGCCUCAACAUUUUUUUUUUUUUUUCAAAUCAAAAAUUAUUUUCUGAACUGAUUAACUACCAGAUUGAAAAACCAGCUGUGGCCGAAUUAAAUCUAGGUCACAUUUUUUUUCAUUUUAGGUGUAUGUACAAAUUCAGCUGCAGUUUUCUCAAUUAUAAACAUAUUCUAAUGAUUAAAAAAAAAUUUCGUAGGUGAUUGUUCUAUAAUAUAAAUUUAAAAUAUUUGUAAAGUUAAGUUUUUGUUAGGAAAUUAUUAAUUGUUAAAUUAGUAUUUUCAAUAGAAAAACAAUAAAAAAUAUAUAUUGAUGUGCCAACUUACGUAUAAAUUAUAAAUUUCCAAAUCAUUUAAAGCCUUUUAUUUGGUUGUUUCCAAAUAGUAUAUCCAAAAAUAAAUAAAAUGCACCAAAGAACACAGAAAUUGAAAAAUAUUUACACUUCCAAUCACUUAUAUGCCUUUAGUAACCAUGUCACUUGUUGCCGCAGUAAGCUAUUUUGUAACUAGCUAGGAAAUAAAAUCAAAACUAAUUAACAUUUCAUUUUUUUAAAACAUUCUGCUGACAGCAUGCGCUUCGAAUAUAAACAUUCGGUCGGUAAAUUAAAAUCUCGAAGCGAAAUGGGAAUGGAAUAAUAUAAAUAUUUGACUCGAUUUACUACGAUAAUAACAUUGGCGCUACCAGCGGCUCAUGGCCAUAAGGAAAGCAACGCCGAGCCGCUCCCAGCGACUCAAGGUAGUUAACCAGUUUAAUUAAGGAAAAUAAUUUUUGCAUUACGAUUAAGAUUGUAACUUAAGUUAAUUAAUUUUGACGGCUGGAUUCAGCUUUGCAGUGUAACUAUUUCCCCCUGCAAACCUGCUCAGAUUUACAAAGUGAUUGUUCACUCAGCUCACGAUUCGCUCAUCAAUUUAAUCUGCUGAAAGAACGUACAGCUUUCUUAUGGUCAACUGAGUAGAUACUUUGGUACGACAUAUGGCUAGACAACAUACAAAUGGCAAUAUAACAUAAAAAUGGCUAUCCAACAUUCAAAUGGCUAGACAUAAAAGAUAUGGCAUUACAGCAAACAUAUGUUUUAAAUCAUGUAUGUGUAGAAUGUUGUUUUACCCACUCGCAUUGAUCGCAUUGUUCCUAGUCUUACUCACAAUCAUCAACACAUGUAAAUAUUGCUGUGAAUUUUUGCAUACAACACAUCAGCUGCUAUUGUUAAAACCAACACUACAUUACUCAGUCAAGUUGUAGUUCGCAUUGCCUCACUUUGUUGUCAUGUUGAAAUGUGUGACACGGAUGUGCCUUAUCACGUGACCUCUGUUGUACGACUUGUUUUAACUAUUGUACAUAUUAUAAAUUGUCUUUGACCACCAUGCUGAUUUAAACAGUGAAAUAAAUAUCGACAGCUUCUCUCUUGAUACCUACCUGGCUUUCAAAUAUUUUUCUUUAUUGUAAGGCAUCAAAAUAUGUUUAAUUUUUUUUAUUGCUAUUUGUUUAAAUUGUGGUUUAAAUAUGAAGAAAACGAUCACAGCGUGGAUUAUUUCUUUGACCUUCAGUGAGUAUGGCAUAAACAAUAGUUCAAUUAUUAUUUUUUUUUCUGAGUCCAAAUUAUUAAGGUCCUAC